UGAUGGUAGUAGGUGUCGGUACUAUUUUGGUGGCAUUGAUAGUAUUUCUGGUGACGUAUUUGUUAAUGCGAUGUAGAAGACCUUCUGAUCUGCCACCCGGACCCACACCACUUCCCGUGUUGGGUAACCUCAAAUUAAUUUGGGGCAAAAGUUUACUAGAUGUUGCAGCAGCAUUACAAAAGAAGUAUGGUGAUAUAUUUAGCCUGUCUAUCGGACCAUAUUGGAUGGUGUUUAUAAACAGAUACGAUGCACUGAGAGAAGUUUUUGUCAAACAUGGGAACACAUUUUCAGAUAGACCGGAUGUCUGGUACCUAAGAGAAGUGAAGAAGAAGAAAGGUCUUGCUGCAGGAUAUCCAUGGAAAGAACAGAGAGCUUUCACCCUGAAUCUCUUACGAGGAUUUGGAUUUGGAACCAGGUCAAUGGAAUCCAUUAUAACAGAGGAAUGUGAAAAGUUUACUGAACUGUUAGCAGAAACUCAAGGGAAAGAAUUUGCGAUCAGCGGAGUUAUUAAUAAAGCUGUCUCUAACGUUAUUUGUUCCAUUGUUUUAGGAAAACGGUUUAGUUACGAUGACAAAGAAUUUGAUAAAUUCGUCAAAGUAAUAACCGAAACAGUAGUUAAUGAAUACACUCCGAAGGUUAACAUAUUGCCGGUACUACUUCAUAUACCGAAAGUGAAAAGCAGAUGUGAUCAUUGUAUUGAACAAAAUAAUUUGAUUAGAGCAUGGUUUCAAAAACAAAUAGAUGAACACAAAGAAACGCUUAAAGAGGACCACUGGAGAGAUUUUAUUGAUGCUUACUUGGUUCAGAUUAAGAAGAUGAAGAGAGAGUCAGACACUCAAUUUACAGAGGAAAACCUUAAAUAUGUAAUACUCGAUUUGUUUAGCGGCGGAACUGAAACUACUUCGUCGACUAUUGGAUGGGCGGUCUUGUGUCUUGUGAACCACCUUGAAAUUCAAGAAAAGAUUCGAGCUGAAAUGCUGAAAAACGUAUCCAGCGGACCUCCUACUCUAUCUGAUAGAAAUACUCUUCCUUACUGUGAGGCAGUAAUCCAUGAAGUUAUGAGAAUGGAACCAAUUUUACCGAUGUCUAUAUCCCAUACUACAUCAGAAGAUACCGUCGUCAAUGGUUAUCGGAUUCCUAAGGGAGCUAUUGUUGUUCCGAAUUUAUAUUCUGUAAUGCAUGAUGAGAAAGUAUUUCCUGAUUCACACAAGUUUGAUCCUAGGAGAUUUCUAGACAGUAACGGAAAGUUCCAUGCGCCAGAAAAGUUUUUGCCGUUUUCAUUAGGUAAGAGAGUAUGUCCAGGUGAAGCCUUAGCACGGAAUGAACUGUUCCUGUUCUUUACCUCUUUAGUUUGGAAUUUUAAGAUCUUACCUCCAGACGGUCAACCACCUCCACCGGUUGUAGGUAAACUUGGUGUGACCUAUGGACCUCUUCCCUAUAAAGUUAGAUUUGUAAAAUAUAGAGACUAAUUUUGAAUGAAAUAUUUAUACGACAGUUACGA